AAUGAUAAGUACCAGUUGGUCGUUUGAUAUCACUAAGUUCAUCGCCUAUCGCAAUCGUUUGUGAUGUUUUAUCCAAUGAUUUUUAAAUUUGAUUUUGGGUCAAAACUUAGCAAUUUUGUAGGGAUUAUUACGUAAUUGCUAUAUCGACGGUAAUACGUUUUAAGAUUCGACGAGGUUCACACUUCACAGUGUAUACAACUAGGGAGUUGAAUGUUGUAUAUGUUGUUGAAAUGUUUAAAAUUUGAAAACUGUACAGAAAAUAGAAGUGUCAUUGGCAAAGUAUGUAUUUGUUGAUAACUAAUAAUUCGUUAUCUAGACCUUCAGAUUUUUACAAGGUCAUAAGUUUGUAACUUCAUCAUUUUUCCAUGUCUGUGACGUUAAUAAUCAAGGCACUAUAAAACAGGGGAUAAAUCAUUAAAUCAUUGCAGUUUUUUGCCUUGGAAGCUUAAAAGGACAUCCAUUUUACGAAUAAAUUCUUUUAAAAAAAAUCUAUUUAUAAUAGCUUUAAAGAAUAAUUUAAUUUGUAUUUACCUAUACAGUUAAAGGAAAAUCUAGAAAUAUGCCUGACAACUCAGAUAACGAUGAAGGUAUAAGUGUGAACGAGAGUAACAGUGGUAGUACCAAUAGCAGUGGCAUGACAGGGACCUUUUUUAAUUAUUCUUUUAUCACAGUUGAACCGAUUUUAUUUUGUUUAUUCUUCUCCUCAUCCUUAUCAGAUGCGCUAUCAAUGAAAAUUCUGCUACAGAAAACAUGCUUAAUUACCUUUAACUAUACUGCGGAACAGUGUUCUGACGAGAAAGAACAUUUAGUUGAAAACGGUUUACAGGUGUAUGUGGCAAAUCUUAUGCUAGUCAAAUCUAUCCUUGAUUCUGUGGUUGGUAUAUUUCUUUCUUUUUUUAUUGGACCAUGGAUGGACACACAUGGAAGAAAAUCUUUCCUCGUGCUACCUCUAUGUGGUUAUAGCUGUUAUUAUAUAGCUUGGCUUAUUUUUGCAAAAAUAACAACGGCAUCUCCUAUCUAUUUAUUGGUUAUUUCAUUAAUACCCAUGCUGUCGGGAGGUUUAGUAGUGUUGUUUGCAGCAGUUUUUUCCUAUGUUACUGACAUCACAACAGAAUCCAACAGAGGUCUUAGAAUGACAUAUCUUUCAACAUCUUAUGUUCUUGCCGUUUUACUUGGAUAUUUAAUAUCACCUCUGCUGUUGUGGCUAUGCUCAUCAGACGAUACAUAUACAUCAGUAAUUUAUGUCAUAGCAGCUGGUUUUACUUUGCUGGUCUUGUAUUAUGUUAUACUAUGCAUUCCUGAAACUGUUACUUUUGUUGCGUGUGAUGACGAAACACCAAGCCUCCUUCAAAUAUUCUCUUUUGACAGUAUAAAGCAAAUGGUAAAAGUUGUUUUCGUUAAUAGAGAAUUUUACGGCUUGUUGAUUUUUGGCAUUAUUUGUUUUGUAAUAACAAUUGAACUUAGUGUGGUUUUAGGUGAUUCUAAUUUUCAGUAUUUGAUUUUAAGAAAAGUUUUAAAUUGGUCAAUGGACGAUUAUAACUUUUAUUCAGCAUCGUUGUGCGCUUCAUCAAUUGUGGCAUCACUACUGGUGAUGUGGCUAUUCACAAAAGUUCUUCGUGUCCGAGAAUUAUGGGUAGCUUUGUUGAUCGGUGUCAUGGGCUGUUAUUCUUCAAUAUGCCUCGGCUUAUCGCACUCAAAUUUGGACUUUUACUUGGCUGGAAAUUUAGGUGUUCUAAAGGUGAUAUUUAGCCCUGCAAUGAAAGUAGAGGUGUCGAGGAUAUUUCCUGCUCAGGACAUGGGUAAAAUAUUUUCAAUUGUGUCCAUUAUCGAGGCAAUAGCCCCACUCAUUUCUUUUGUUUGUUACACUGCUGUUUAUGACUCAGUAAUUAAUGACAAACCUCAGCAUUUAAGUUUCUUAUCAGCUUCAUGUUGGCUUCUAAUUACACUAUGUCUAAUAUUGAUCAUAACAAUUCAACAUUGUAAGAGGGAAGAUGUUGAUGAAGACCUACUUAACCCAAAUGAGGCCGAAAUCAAUCACAAUGCAGAUAAUUUGGUUAAUUGUUAAGUUGAUCGACCAUGAUAAAUACGUGAUUGGAAGAUCUGGUUUCUGGUCAGGGUAUGAAGAAAAAAAA